AUGGACCUAGACGAUACAAGUGGCAAGGAUCCAGAAACCCAAUUAGGACCGAAUUCUAGAAAGAAACCCGAAGUAGGAGAUGAUCCUAUCCAGUUCUUGAAGGAAAUAGGGUGGUCAAUUUUUGAAAACACAACGGUAAGCACAAUUUUCAUGCCUGGCCAGAUCAUCUUUGAAGGGUGGCUUCACGGUACUCACAAGUUGUGUGUGUGUGGCAAGAUCGUUGUUAUGCGCGAGCUCAAUUGCGAUUGUACUCUCAUGCUCCAGAAGGGAAGUAUUCAAUGUCCUAACAACCCUGCCAUUGUCAAGAACUUAGUGGUCUCAAAGCAAGGGCACAUCUACGGUGACAUUCAGGCAACCGACACUGCCUGCAUCAACGGGACAUUUACUGUCAGUGUGAAGCUUACUAUCACCGGAGAGCUGAUGAUCAAGGGCACAUUGUCGGUGAAACCUUCCAUUUCGCUGCUUCUCAAGCCCUCGCGUGUUAGGCUUGUGGUUGUCCAUAUAGUCAUCCCCGCCCACCAAUGCCCCUGA